AUGGAGCGGACGACGGGCAAGGAGCUCGCCCUGGCGCCGCUGCAGGACUGGGGCGAGGAGACCGAAGACGGCGCGGUGUACAGUGUCUCCCUGCGGCGGCAGCGCAGUCAGCGCUUGAGUCCGGGAGCAGGGCCUCGGGGCACCCAGGCCCCCAGCCCCGGUGCCGACACCUUCCUCCAUUACCGCACCAGCAAGGUGCGGGCGCUGAGGGCAGCGCGGCUGGAGCGGCUGGUGCGGGAGUUGGUGUCUGGAGACCGCGAGCAGGACCCAGGUUUCGUGCCUGCCUUCCUGGCCACCCACCGGGCCUUUGUGCCCACUGCCCGCGUGCUGGGCCUUCUCCUGCCACCGCCGCCGCCGCCCCUGCCGCCGGGGGUUGAGAUCAAGAAGACAGAGGGAAGAGAUCUGACCUUCAGCAACAACCUGAGGGCUGUGGUGUCAGUGCUGGGCUCCUGGCUGCGGGACUACCCUCAGGAUUUCUGGGAUCCCCCUGCCCACUCGGACCUAGGCAGUGUUUGCACCUUUCUGGGCUGGGCAGCCCCAUCAGGGGCUGAGGCCCGGGAGGCAGAAAAGCUGCUGGGAGAUUUCCUGAAGGAUGCUGAGCCACAGCAGGAGGAAGAGGAGCGGUCCCAGACAUGGGCAGGACAUCCAGGGGUUGCCCAGAUACCCCGUCCAGACUCCCCGGUAGGCUGCUUGGAAGAGGUGGAAGGACUCGUGCGGGAAGGUCCUGAGCUCCUGGACUUCAGUGUAGACGACGUGGCCGAGCAGCUGACCCUGAUGGAUGCGGAGCUCUUCUCGCGCGUGCGGCCCUUCGAGUGCCUGGGUUCCGUGUGGUCGCAGCGGGACCGGCCGGGGGCCACAGGCACCGCCUCCACUGUGCGCGCCACUGUGACCCAGUUCAACACGGUGACCGGCUGCGUGCUGGGCUCGGUGCUCGGGUCGCCGGGCCUGGCCGCCCCGCAGAGGGCGCAGCGGCUGGAGAAGUGGAUCCGCAUCGCGCAGCGCUGCCGGGACCUGCGGAAUUUCUCCUCCCUGCGCGCCGUCCUGUCCGCCCUGCAGUCUAACCCCAUCUACCGGCUCAAGCGCAGCUGGGGUGCCCUGAGCCGGGAACCGUUAUCCACUUUCAGGAAACUUUCGCAGAUUUUUUCCGAUGAGAACAAUCACCUCAGCAGCAGAGAGAUUCUCUCCCAGGAGGAGGCUACCGCGGAGAAUGCCCCCCCAGGAAGCCUGCCCUCAAAACUGCCCCCAGGCCCCAUCCCCUACCUUGGCACCUUUCUCACGGACCUGGUCAUGCUGGAUACAGCCCUGCCGGACAUGCUGGAGGGGGAUCUCAUCAACUUUGAGAAGAGGAGGAAGGAGUGGGAGAUCCUGGCCCACAUCCAGCAGCUGCAGAGGCGCUGUCAGAGCUACUGCCUGAGCUCCCACCUGCCCAUCCUGGCUGCCCUGCGCACCCAGCGCCAGCUCAGCGAGGAGCAGAGCUACCGCAUCUCCCGGGUCAUUGAGCCACCGGCCGCCUCCUGCCCCAGCUCCCCACGCGUCCGGCGGCGAAUCAGCCUCACCAAGCGCCUCAGUGCGAAGCUGUCCCGAGAGAGAGGCUCAUCCCCUGGUGGGAGUCCCAGGGAUCCCUCAUCCUCCACCUCCAGUCUGUCCCCAGCGUCCCCCCCAUCCAGUCCUAGAACGAGGGACCCUCCUCCCGGCAGUCCUCCGGCCUCUCCAGGGCCCCAGAGCCCCAGCACCAAGCUGCCACUGAGCCCAGACCUACCAGGCCCCCGGACCCUGGCCUUGCCCUUGAGUGGCCCUCACAUCUCCCUCCCGGGGCAGCAGGGCUCAGAGGCCUGCGUCGUCCGAGUCAGCAUCGACAAUGACCAUGGAAAUCUGUAUCGGAGCAUCCUGCUCACUAGUCAGGACAAGGCCCCCAGCGUGGUGCAGCGAGCCUUGGAAAAGCACAAUGUGGCUCAGCCCUGGGCCCAGGACUAUCAGCUCUUCCAAGCCCUUCCUGGGGACAGGGACUGGGAAGAGAUGUUGAUUAGCACGAUAAUAUCAGUAGCUUACAUUUUUGGAAUGUUUGCUAUGUGUCAAGUCGGAUUUUACAGAUGA